CGCUUCAGAUUUGAAGUGCGCACGAUGGAUUGCCCCGAAGCGCAAAAGAACAGUUCUAAAAAUCGUGGCUUUUCAGUAAGUCCAGGCAUAUUGUUUUCUGUUUUCUGUCUGCUUCUAUACACCGCGGGAUACAUCAGAAUCGAGCUGAAGUUGAGUAAUCACGAUGAGAAGUUGGAAGCUUUUGAAAAAGCAACUGCCUUGCUGAAACACAGAAUGGCAAAAGCGUCAAUGAAAGGAAACUUAACUCUGAAAUCAAACAAGGAGGCAGUCGCUAAAGCGAUUUUUCAGCGGUUCAAACGGGAAACCCCAGCAGACGGACCAGAAGAUUAUCCAGACCCUCCAUUUAAUUUUACAGACUUAUCGUACAAUUAUACGUACCUGCUGCCAUUCAACUUUACGGACAUUUUUGGAAAUAAUUUACCAUUCAACUACACAGACAUCUUCGGUAACAAUUCUCCAGUCAACUUCACAGACAUCUUUGGUAAAAACUCGCCGUUCAACUACACAGACAUUUUCGGAAAUGGUUUACCUCCGUUUAAUUUCUCGGCUUACAUGGAGGAGGCUUUGAAAGAGUUCACCAUUGGCUUGCAGGCAAUGCUUCAAAAUAGCUUCAACGCUUGCGCAUGCUCACAAGGACCACCUGGACCGCCGGGAGAACGAGGAUUCAUGGGUCCACCAGGAAUUAGAGGAAAAAUUGGAUUCAAAGGAGAUGCCGGACCACCAGGUACCCCAGGGAUGAAUGGGGAUACUGGCCCACCGGGUGCUCCAGGUUUUAAGGGAGAUUCCGGGCCACAAGGUAUCCCGGGAAUGAAGGGCGAACCAGGCGAAACAUGUUCUGCGCCGAAAGUAACGAUCUCUUCAAGGAAACUGACUGUUUUGAAAGGAACUACUGCUUCCUUUAGAUGCUCUGCUAGUGGGAACCCAUGGCCUCGAGUAUCCUGGUCUAAGGCUGACGGAUCAUUACUGAACAAAAACACCACGGUGACGUCAGAUGGGCUCAUAAAGAUUCCCUCCGCCCGGCUGAUGGAUGCAGGGAAGUACAUUUGUACGGCGGAGAAUAUUGUGAGGAAGAUUGAGGAAACAGUUGCUCUGGUUGUACAAAGUCCGCCAGAGGUUUCACUUUCAUUUGGACCAUCUUUUGUUCUCGAGGGCAGAGCCAUCACUCUACCAACAUGUAACGUAAAUAAUAGCGUUCCUCCAGCAGUGCUAACUUGGUUUAAAGUUGAUGACGUUCUGAACGAAGAUAGAGCCGUCACCGAAAAUGGGCAAUUGUCAAUAACGAAUGCUAGAAUGGAGGACUCUGGUUUGUACGAAUGCAUGGCUUCUAAUGGUAUUGGAUCUCAUUCGGCUUUCACCGAACUGACUGUGGUGACAAUGCCAAGGUUUACGGUUCGUCCGCCGACCAAACUUGAAGCGACUUCAAACAAAACUAUCACCGUCCGUUGCCAUGCAGCCGGCCAACCCAAACCUUUUAUCACGUGGGCGAAGGAGGGUGGUGAGUUACCCAGAGGAAGAUCAAAUGUGAGCGAAGAUGGAACACUUCAGAUCUGGAGCCCUGAAAGUGACGACUCGGGGAAGUAUACUUGUACCGCAUCGCUGAAAGAGAUUCAGUCCGUUAAUGUGGUCUCUGUCAUGCAACUAACCGUAAAGAUCAAGAAAAGAGUGUGUGGAGCGAUCGGUGUACAGUAUAGAUACAAAGUGCCAGAUAGCAGAAUGACAGCAAGCUCUUCCUUCGCUGGACAUUUCGAUGCAACACGCGGCAGGCUCUGGAGUCAAGGACAAGGAGGAUCAUGGGAGCCCAGCUAUCCUGCACAUGUUGGGAGAGAUUGGCUUCAAGUCGACAUGGGCUCAGUGCUAUCUGUCUGUGCAGUAGCCACUCAGGGUAAUGGCUGGAUUUAUCCUGACUGGGUCACGGCGUAUAAAAUCAAACUUUCGACGGAUGGAAAUCAAUGGAAAUUCUAUCAGGAAGACAAUGUUGAUAAAAUAUUCCCUGGAAACACAAAUGCGAAUGGUGUGGUAAAAAAUUUCCUCAAGCCUUAUGGCGUUGCCAGAUAUGUUCGCUUUUACCCUGUGAGAUAUAACACUUACCCCGCUUUAAGAGUUGAAAUAUAUGUUUCAAAAUACAUAUAACCAACAAACUUGAAGUUGCCAAGAAAAUAAAACAAAAAAAGAAAAAAAAUAUGCCGUAUCUUUAAUAAGUUUUUUCUUGUUUCUGUUUUACACUCACACUUGAACCUUUUCCGUAAAGAUUGACUGAUAGAUUAAUACAUUAUCUUAUAUUUGCUCAAUGAAAAUAAAAUAGAUUCAGAAACUUGA